UACGGAGUGAUAUGCGUUGCCCUAGCGCCCAGUAUUGGGAUAAAGUAGCUGAUACCUCGCCCGCCGCCCAAAGCCUGUGAUGCUGCAAGUCACGGUGACCGACCACCUCUUCCCCCCCCCCCCCCCCACGCCGGGCUAUUAAUAGCAGCUCUACCCGCUGCUGCAUUUUCCCUCGCCAAACCUCAAACAUCCCGCCCUUUUUUCUUUUUCCUGCCGCCGCCUUCGCUAUCCCUCCCUUCCACCCGCGUACUCUGCGCGCCCGGAUUGUGCUCUUGUCGGCCUAUUUGUGCUCUGUCUUGCUCUUCCGGCGCGUCCUCUCUGGGUCAUUCUGCCCCUGGGCUGCAUGUGUUCUGUCUGCAACACAAACCCGCCCCCCGCCACUGCCGCCCUCAACCUCCAUUAGUCUGCCUGUCCAGAUCGCCUGGUCAUUCCUAUCAACACUUGUGUAGCUGAACCAAAGCCGUCCGUGUCCCUCCCUAUCUCCUAACCGUCUUCUGAAAAUCGGCGCUUAUUCAACCCCUGUUUGUUUGUUUCCCGAGCCUCUCGUCUGCUCCAGUCAGCUUCCACGCCUUCGGUUUUCCACGCGCGCUGGCGGGUUCCUAUCGUGACUUGCAUAUGUGUUUCUAAAACAUUAUCCUCACAUCUGGCUAUCAUUGGACGCUCUACCUUCUACUACCUUCUGCAAGAAGUCCACAUUAUCCCGCAUUUCUCGCUCCCCGUGAACGAUACAACACCAAUCUCGACCCGCGCAGGCCAACCCAAAAUAUUGCAAUUGCUGUCGCACACAGGCAGGUGCCAUCUCCUUCACUACGACCACCAGGCUACUAUCUCCUCUGUGCUAUCUCACGCACACCGAACAUCUCUACUGGAGUGUGACUCCACUUCUCAUGGCUAUGGACAGCUAGCAUUGCGGACAACAACACCCACAAACACUUCCCUUGGUUAAAGCAUCCAAUUGAGGGUUCGAUUUCAAACGGAUCUUGCAUAAAAAUCAGAACACGCCCUGCUUACAAUUGGCGUUGGAAGCACCCCGUUUGUUCUCCUGGUGACCCUCGAUAUGGCCUCAACGAAAUCCGCACCUGUGUCCUCUCCUUCCGAAGUGGACAAUCCUCCCUCAAUCCCAACGAUAUCUCACCAUCCGUCGAAUUCAACAUCACCGGCACCGCGACGGUCAAAUAUCCAGCGUCCAUCCUCAUAUGCAAGAGAUCGUUUAUCAACCUACUCCAGCGCCUCUUUUAAUUCCCAGAACCGUUCACGACCCGCAUCACACGCUUUUCCCGUUUUUCAUUCAAGUCUGCCUUACGCCUUAGUACGGGACUUCGCCUACCCACCAAUACAUCCACUCCAUUAUGGACCCCAUCCAAGCGAAUCGGGAAUAUCUACUCCGGCGAGCGAAGCUCGACGGUUAUCCGAUCCCCCUAGCGCUUCUUGGGAUGUUUCCCGUGGGCACUGGCAUUCAUCAUGGAACCCGGAAGCCAUGUAUGGUACCCAACAACUCCCUGCAAUGGCAUUUGGGGAUGGACCACCAUACAGUGAGGAUGAGGACUUGCACAGCCCUGUUGUGACGACGUCUCGGCAUCGCAAACACAAAUCCGCACAUGUAGGGUCCGAAUUUAACAGAGAGAUAAAUCCGGGAAUUGCCAAUAAUACCGACCCGUCGUCAUAUGCCGCGCGAGGAGAUGAUAGAGGUGUUUUUGUCGGAGUAAAUGGGGAUGGAAGCGCAACAUACUAUGUCAAAGACGACGACGCAGUUGAUGAUGGUCCUGGAGGAGAAUAUGUUACCUACCCAGCCAACGAAUCAGGGAACCGUUCAUUCUUGAGCCCCGGCUCAUAUCCACCUGGUGGUCAACGGGACUCCCACUUUGCCGCGUCAUUGAGUGACCGAACGUCAAUGGAACCCGAUGUGGAACUACAAUCCGAUGACGAGAUAUCAGAGGAUGAUGAAUCAUGGAGAGAUGCGUCACGGUAUUCGCGAGAUUACCAAUUUACGAUUGUUUCUCCCGAUGAAGAAAUGCACGGCAAAGCGGUUGCGCUUUUCGAUUUCGACCGCGAACAUGAGAACGAGCUACCGUUGAAGGAGGGACAAGUAAUUCUUGUAUCCUAUCGCCACGGACAAGGCUGGCUUGUUGCGGAAGACCCCAAGACUGGAGAAAGUGGGCUCGUACCGGAAGAAUUCGUCCGACUGGUUCGUGACAUUGAGGGAGGAUUGAAUGGCCUUAACGGCGCUCUUAUGAAUACAUUGACCUUGGGCGAAGAAGAAUCUAUAUCCACCCAAAAUGAAAAUCCCACCAUUCUACCCGCCAACAAUCCGUCAACAGAUCUGUGUGCGCAACAAAGGCAACAUAAACAGCAAAGCAACGGCACUGCGACUAUAAAUCCUACUGAGGGCGAAAACGUCAACCCUGACAGCCAUCACCAACCAUCCUCACCGCCAUCAUCAACAUCAGCGAAUGCGAACACAUCUAUAAAAGACAAACACCCCGAAGAAAAAGAGAAAGAAAACAAAGAGCGCGAAAAGAAGCAACCCCCCGUCGUCUCCACAUUCUCUACAAGCAGUCGUGAUCUAGAUCCAUACCCACUGGCGGGCCAUCAGCAUCGGAAAUCAACCCCGCCACAGAUCGAGCAUUAUGAUGGCACCAACCUGAGCGCGACGGGGGGUGCGCGGUCGUCAUCCGUGCGGUCGAAGAGUACGUCCAAGCAAAGAACGCAAUCGGGGUCGGGGAAAGGUGUAAAGUCUUGAAACUGGUCACGGGGGUUAUUCUCUUUUCCUUCUUUUUUUACACUUCGAAACUUGUUUUGGUUUUUGAUUCCUCAUUUGGUUUCCUUUUCAUUUUUCAUCCAUUCCAUUUUUUUUUAAAUGUGUUUAAGCUCAUGUUAACUGGAUUCUCCGUGCCUUUUCAAUGUCAGUUAGACGUUCUUCCCUAUCUCUAUUUUUUCGUUGCUUUUACUUUUGUUUUCCUUGCAAAGAGUUUGGUCCGGCUGAGAAAGGGGGGUGUUCCUUGCUCUUUUCUUUUCUUUUGUCCUCUUUUUCCAUCAGCUUCCCAUCGCCGUCUUAUGAUGUUUCUUUGUUCUUUACGUGUCUUCCAUUAAUUGUCUAUCGCUGCUUGGUCCACCAAUUCCACAAUACAUCAGGUGUUUUUUCUCUCUUUUUUUUUUCAUACUUUCUUGUACUUUUGCGUUUUGGCUUGCAUGGAAUGCUUGCUAGGCACGUUGGCCUUUUCUUUUCCCCCUUACCUCGUUCUCCUAUUUUUCCAAAUGUUAGUUACUUGUUACUUGUUUUAUGAAUCAUUCUUCCCUUCCUUCCAUUCCCGCCUCCUAAAAUGGGUAGAAAGAAACACUCCUUCUACACCCGAUUCGAAUACUCUUUUUAUCAUUUUAAAGUAUCAAGGUAGCAGUAGCCCAAAACAAAAACAAGCAGUUCUAUUCUCUUCGGGCAUAAAAAGAAAGACAGUUGAUUUUAUUGUGAAUCUCCUUUUCUUUUUAUUUUAUUUUUUGUCAUACUUCAUUUUCCACUCUAUCAACGAUUGUUUCUGUGUGAAAUUUGGAAACCUUGAUUUUUUUCUCUCUAUCUUCUAUUCCCCCGCCGUUUUUUUCCCUUCCUCUCUUUCUUUCUUUCUUUCUUGUUACCCUCACCCUCUUGAAUCAUCCCUGCCUGCUAUUGAUUGGCUUC